UACAUUUUCACCGCACAGCCAGCAUUAAUGACGCAAAUAUUUAUGAACAAAAAAAUAAGAAAGGAAGCGCAAAUAAUCUUGCAGGACAAAGCCAGUAUCAAUGUUUUAUCUGCACAGCUACAGUGGUCGAGGAAGAUAAGAGGAAGAGUAAGCGUAAUUUACUUUGCGUAACGCCUACAACCCAAGGACGUACGAGGAAAGCAAAUACAGGCGAGACUAAGAGGAGGAGGAGGGCGUAGGUUGUGCUUUAUGGAGCCGAGGGAAAGCUACAGAAAUCCUUCAACGACCUGAUCCAGGAGCGCGCUCGGACACCAUGGCUUGGGCACGGCGUCUUUCAGAUGCAGCAGCACGUCGGAAAUAAAUAAAGGCCUCCGCCGAUGGAGCCCGGAGCUCUCUAAUCCAGCCAGAAACCUCCCUGUCAGGCAGCGACCAGCUACGGAGAAGGGACACUUUAUUCGAAGUUGAGGGAAUUUAUGGGCUCACAAGUGUCUUCUGAUGAGAUGAGUGUGCGUGCUGGCCAGGGCAGUGAUGAGGUGCUGGUUUCUCAGGCAGUAUGGGAUUACCUGGCUGCAGCCGGGCGGCCCUGGCUCAUUGACUUCCAGCGCAAGCAGGGGAUGAGCGUUGGGAUCAUUAGGCGUGGAGAGAGAGGGGGUUGUUGUGCUGUGAGGCUGCAGCCGGUGGAGGGCUUGAGGAACUCUAGAUCUGGAGUGAUGGAUGGACCCGUCUCCAGCGAGACUCGGAAAGCCUUCAUUGACUUAUGCCGAUGUGCCCGGAAAGAAAUGAGCAAACAGGAAGGGGGGCCCAAGAGAAAGAGAGCUCUGCUCCCUUUUGUGGGAGCCCUGGAGCAGAAUGUAGAAGGGAGCCUGCUUCAGCCUCCACCUCCCCAACCUCGACGAUCCCAGAGACAGCAGCAGAAGUUCAGAAAGCCUGCUGAUGAAGAGGCGUGCGCUGUGCUCCAUGAGGCAGCCCAGAGGAAAGACAUGGACGCGGACGUGGCCUCCCCCAGCGAGGCAGAGGAUAGUAAUACGUGUUCGAUUUGCAUGGGGGAGAUAGUGGACAAGACCACUCUGGAAAAAUGUGGCCAUUCAUUUUGUCAUUUUUGCCUGGAUCAAGCCUUUAAGGUGAAGAAAGCAUGUCCUGUGUGUCGACUGGUGUAUGGCCAGCUGAUUGGGAACCAGCCUGCCAAUGGUUCAAUGGUUGUGGAGAGAGAUCCUGAUCUGGAGCUUCCUGGUCAUGAAGGCUUUGGGUGUAUCUGGAUCAUCUACAGCUUCCCUCCUGGACGACAGACCCUUGAACACCCCAACCCUGGUGUUCGAUACCCAGGAACAGACCGCGUGGCCUACCUCCCUGACAGCCCUGAGGGGAACCGAGUGCUGGGCCUGCUGCGCCGGGCCUUUGAACAGCGCCUUAUCUUCACCAUCGGUACCUCCAUGACAACAGGCUUACAAAACGUCAUAACCUGGAAUGACAUUCACCACAAGACCUCAAUGUGGGGUGGGCCGCGCUGCUUUGGCUACCCAGAUCCUACUUACUUGGUGCGAGUGACAGAAGAGCUCAGAGAGAAAGGAAUCAUAGCAGACUGACUCCAUAACAAUGAUAGAUUCUUCCAGGACUUUGUCCUUGCUGUGGACAUGACUCAGCUCCAGGAUUUGCUCUUUGUCCAGCCAUCACUCAAAAGAUGGCUUAAGGCAAAAAACCUCAUGUGACAGGUGUCUAAUGCUGCAGAAGAGCUCAUAUCUCCUCUUUUGGCUGUUCAUUCGUUUUUAGUUUUCUUUGCAAAGUUCAGUUGAUCCAGAACACCAUCACUAGGAAGAAAGUAAAGUGCAGAGCCCUUUUGUGUUCCAAGACAUCAAACUGUCACUUCUGGCAGCCUGGCCUGAAAUCUGAUGCACUUAUUCAAGAGCUGAGAUUCAUGGAACUUGUGUUAUUUAGGACAAUCUUUAGUUUAACCUUUAUUUUCCUCCCUGAGGCUCAUUUUAAGUCCUGAAAGCACACAUCCUUGGUUCCAUUUCCCUGCCAUGUCAGUUUGAUUGUUAAUAAUUACCUGUUGUUAUGAUUGUAUUUGGUUUAAAAAGCACUGCUUAAAAAAUCUGAUUAAAACCUUUUGAUGUUAUUGCAAUCUAAUGCACUCAUAGGCACUUUGGUAAGGCAGUUUGUUUUUUGGCUACAUAAGAGUAAUUGGUUUUUACUUCCUGUUUAUGAAGGGUGCUCUGGGCUAACUGGUUUGUGAGCCAUAAGCAGUUUGCUGGCAACAAGCUAACACCAUUUGCUUAGAACAAUUCAUUCUUGUGUGUGAUCCUCAGCUCAUGACUUAUUUUUACUUAAACAAGAGGAUUGUUAAGCGAUGUCUCACUGCAGCACCUUUUAGGCAUGCAUUGACCAUUUUCUCCAGUUAUUUCAAGAUGUCUCCUAGGCCUUGAGCCCAUUACCUCACUUGUAAGUAACAUGCUCCAUUGGUUUACCAGAUUUUAUGACGAUGUCAACAACGAAGGGCAUAUAGACCACUUGAACCAAAUCAAAGGCACAAAAGCUCUUAAACGAUCUAUGCUUCGGUCCCUGCCAAACUGGGAGAUCUGCCUAUUUCUCUUCUCAUUUUUAAUUAGAUAAAUGUUGCAAAUUUAUAGAAAUAUAACCCAUAACACCAGAGUUAGGAUUGAGUGAUUUGAUUUAAGGUGGGAUACUGAUCUCAUUUUGGUGUGCCUUUCUGAUGUUCAUUUUUGAUUAAAAGGAAAUUCAAGCUUUAUGGCGUUAGUGAGUGGGAAGCUGUUUUGGUGAAAUUAAAGUAUUAAGGGACUUGGUUUCUAGCGAUAUGCCCAUUAAAACCAAACAUAAAAAAUGUGUUCUUAGACCCCUCCUCUUCCUAGAAUCAUCCUCACACUCUGAAUGCAAAAACUGACCCUCACCCAUCACUGAUUUGAGCAUUCAUAUCUGUAUGUCAGUUUUAAUUUGUGUUUGCUACCUUUUUGUUUUAGUUUGGGGACCAACUGAGAUCUUUGUGGGACAAAGGAUUGUAGUUAAUGCAACCGUUCAAACCUUUCUAUGCAUACAUGACUGAGGAUGGGGCCAAGGGAAUGGACAGGAAGAUGGAUUCCCUAAGUUACAAACUGAUUGUCGAGUUAAAGUUUUGCUUUUGUAAUUAUGUUGAUUUGUUGUUACCCAGAAUUAUGUGCUCCACAUUUUAAUACUUGAAUAAAAAGUUCUGUUUGGAUUUGUCUGGGGUACUAAAUGUGGGCCCUGGAUAAAGUAAAGUGUUCCUGCUCACAGAGCUGAUUUGCAAGUUUAUUUAGUCAUUUUAAAACAUGAUCUUUAUUAGUGUAUUGGUGUUUUAAAAUGAUGACUUCAAGUUUUCACCUUACAGAAAUCAUCAAAGAAAUUUUCUAAAAAAAAAAUCAGACAUUUUCUAAUUACAUGUGGGUCACUCAUCUAACCUCCACACCUGUUAAAUCAUUCUUCAAUAAUGACAUUUUCUUUAAUAUAGAGAUCAUUUUAAAGAAAAUAAUUCAUUUUAUUACCUUUUUAAAAAUACAAUGAUACAUUCAGCCAAAAAAAAUAUUUCCGUUUGACUUAAACUGUAAAUAAAAAUUCAGUAACAUGCAGCUAAAAAUAAACCAAAAUAUUGACUAAUCUGCCAAUUUCUGCUUCUUUAUUGUGGUUUUUUUAUUUACUUGAAGUCUUGGACAUUUAAUUUUGUUCAUAUUCAACAUGAUGCUGUGAGAACAGUAAUCACGGUUUAUUUGCUCCUGAUGUGGACUCUGCUCUGGAUGCAUUCCACAGUUGAUGACUGAAUAUUUAAUGAGGUAUGGAUGUUAAUCAACAGAAGUCCCCUUCACACCUCUCAUAUAUGCCGUCUGCCUCUAGCAGUCUUUUAAAGGCACAAGUGUGGCUCAGAGUUAAUGAAAGAAUGAUGCUCUUUCCAUAUGACCACACGUGUGACAUUUCCCACUCAUUGAAAAUAAUUACAAUUUUUCAUAAAAUGAAUUAAUUUAUGAUAGAAAUACUACACUUACUGAAUUGAUUGAUUGGUUGAUAGAGCUGCAGGAUUCUGGCCAAUGGCAAAUUGAAAAACAAAACAACAGCUGACAACUAUUUUUGGUGCAUUCCAAAUUUUCUAAAAUGGCAAUAAUUAAAGGUGGAAUAUGGAACACGAACACCAAAGCGACAUCUAGUGUUUGGAGGUUGUUGUUGCACCAAUAAAACAAUUUUUCCAGGAUGCCAGGUUCGCUGAUGAUAUGAGAAAUCUUUUAUUUGGGUCCAUCUGUUGUAGGCUUCACCUAAGCCCAAUCUGGUUUUAGAUCUUUCAUGGUAGCUCCUCUUCACGACAUCUUCUCGGCUCAGAAGCAGCUGACUUGCCAAGUCCACCAUUUUCCUCUCUUUGCCGAGCGGACUGUUUGGCAACUCGCAAUGAUGUGCUCUAUUGGCUGUAUGAUGUAAACAUAAACCCAGUGCUAUGCCGUCAAAAAUAAAUAAUUGAUAAUUUUUUAAUUUAAAUGUAGCUUUUAAAGAAAUACUGUACCUUCCUUCUGCACACCUCUAAAUGCCACAAGGUAUUAUUUUAAAAAAUAAAGAGCAUUUUAUUAAAUUCAACCUUUAAUAGAGUACUAAAAGAUCCUGGAAGUUGAAAAAAAAUCUGUUAUUUCUAGUGAUUUUAAUUUAACAUCAUCCAACUAAGCAGAUAAUGCUGAUCAUUGACUGAUUCCAAUCACCAAGUGAUUUUAUUGUGCAUCAUUAAUAUUUUCCAUAUAAUCAAAAUGAGCUUUUCAAACACAAUUUAAAGUUUUCUGAUAUCUAUGGAAGCCCAUUCCCGCCACUCAGAUAAAAAAAAAUUAUUAUCUCAUAAUUAUGGCUUAGCUAUCUCAUAUUUAUGAUAUCGUAUCUCAUUAUUAUGACGUAGCUAUCUCAUAAUACUGGCUGUGUCUCAAUUCAGGGUCUGCAUCCUACCUCGGCCGGAUUCGUCGGCCGGUUACGUCACAGCGCCGCGACUCGGCCUGUCCCAAUUCGAAGACUCCUUCAAAUGCGGUCGACGAAUGCGGCCUUCUUUUCGCCUGAAUGAAGGAUGGGUCGGGUGUAUCCUUCAAUAGGUAGCAUUUCCCAAGAUGCCUUGCGGGCCGGCCGGCAGAAAAACUUAAAAACAAUGGCGGACAGUGAAGCGGGAGCUGUCGGAGAGGAUUGCGCAUAUACAUG